UUCUGUUGUUGUCAUGGCGGCGUUUCAAACUGUUGACAGGCUCGGACAAAGAUGUGAAAAAGUUAACCAUGUCACAUACUUAAUAUAAUAUAAUUAACACCCACUUAGAGACGCUACGUGUGUAGCUCAUUUAUCAUUUCUGUGUAAACUAAAAAAGUGCUUACAAGCGAUGGCGAUUAACGUAAUGUUUGCAAACUUCAAUUCAAAAGCGUAGCUAGUUAGCUAGCUAAUGCUAACUAGCAUUAGCAUUAGCUAACGCUAUAUAUCAAGAAUUGUUUGCUGUUUUGACAGAACUGUAAUGACUGCACAGUUGUUGUCGAGUUGUCCCACGACCCCCGUAGGACAGCACAGCCAGAGGAGACACGGGCCUGUUUCAGGUUCAACCCGGAACGGGCUGAUGUUACCUACUGAGAGGUCCCAAACCAAGCUGUUGUUCAAUGAAGCCAUCCCUGCAAGUACCAGCAACCGUGCCACCCGUGUACGCCAGCCAGCCCCAAUAGUGAUAGAGAGGCUGCUGCCGCUGUCAGAGGAGCGUGAGAAAGUGGACAGUACCAGAAGCUCCAUCAGCUUUACCACUCUCUCAGAAGAGAGACUGCAGGCUGCGGUGCAGCUGGCCAAGCGAGAUGUGAGACGAAGGCGCCUUGAGUCACUCAUAAAAUCCCCUGCUAAACCCACACAGGAGGCCUCCCUCCUUGAAACAAGUGAUGUCGAGCUGCUCCAGGAGCUUGCAGCCACUUUGAAUAAGAACAAGUUAAAGACCUCCAGUCCAAAAGAGAAAGCAACCCGACCUGGACGCAAAUUGUUGGUGCACACACCCCAGAAGCGUCCCAUUUCUUCCUUGCCUCGGAUUGGCCAGUCACCCCCAACCAGAGACCCUGGCACAAGGCAUUUUGAAGGAGGCAAACAGGCUCCUUUAAGCCAGGAGAUUUGCAAGCUGCAGAAUGAGCUAGAAGUGUAUAUUCAGAAAGUAGAAGAGCUAGCCAGCAGAGGGGAGAAGAUAGAAGAUCUACUGGAGCCUGAAGAGCAAAACAAGUUGGAGAUACGCAGACAAAAGCAGGCAGCCCGCUCAGCACGUGUCAUCUAUGUUCUCCAACAACAGGUAAACGAGAUACAAGGAGAUAUAGAGAAACUACGAAGCCAGAAAAUGCGGGCCACCAAAAAGUCCAUGGCAAUAAACAGGCUUGCAGCUGCCCACCGUGGGACACUCAGGGCCUUACAGGUUGUAAUCCACCAGCUUUCAGAUGUAUCUCAUGGCAAGGUACCCCCUUAUUACAAAGAGCUGAGCCAGCUGAUUCGCCAGCUCUCUUUGUGCUCAGCUAAGGUUGAAGUACAACAGUGUUCAGCUGUGCCUGAGACAGCCCUCGACAUCCUGCAGAAACUAGAGACUUUGGAUUCUGCCCUCAGUAAACAAGAGCUGCUUGAAAAGAUGCAGGCCCAAGCAUGUCCUCCACACAGGAAGUCUCCUCAUCGCAGCAUGUCACCUACUAGUGCACCCAAGGGUCCCAGGACCUCAACUGUUCGAAGUCCUCGCAAACCGGCAAAUCCCAAAAGAGGUCUCCGUGCAGGUAGGAGGAUGACCUCACAGAAGCCCAAAACUACUUCUCACCAGCUUCUGAACAGGAGAGAGGUGCUCAGGGCUGGCCUGGAGAGCCUGGCCCAGCGAGAGCUCAGAGAGCUGCAGGCACCACCUCAGACCACCGGCAGAAAAGGAGGGGCUCUACAAUCUGAGAGAAGCAGGGCUGACAUUAUAAUGAAGCGUAAUCAGAUGGCAGAGUCAGAGGCAGGUUUCCAGCAGCCUACAGUCUCCUCUCAGCUCCGAGUGAAGCAGCUGCCCCAAAAAGAGUGCUCGGUGCCCUGGAUACCUACAUCGCCUCACUCUCCUCCUCUACAGCGAUCCCCUCCAAGGAGAAGACCAGAGCCUCGAUGUCUUUUCUCUCCCGUGAAGCCCUCGCCCAGCCCUCCAAAGCAGACGGUGGCCGGUGGUUUGGUAGCAGAGCCGGCCUUGAGCUCAGAAAAGAAGAAACAAGCUCAGAAUGAAGCAUUAAGGAAAGCUUGGUUGGAUAAGAUGAUGAUGCAGAGACUGAAGGAGCUCAAACAGCUGAGUAAAGAAGAGGCUGAACGCAUUCAGACAUUAAGGUCAGAAGUUGUCUCGCCAACUCAGUGGGCUGAGAGAGCUGAGCAGAAGGCCACGGAGAGAAUUCAGCCCCUUCUGGAUGACGCACAGCAGAUUGGUGAGUCCAGGAACAGGAUCAGCUCCUCGCUGAGGAAUCAGCUGUCUGAACAGGCUGCAGAGAGGGCAGCAGAGAGUGCUGAGCAGCUGAGUGAGGCGCUAUUGGAAGAUCUGUUGGAGGACACUGCACGGGCGACGUGGGCUGCUGAGACAGAGGGACAGUUGGAGGGCAUGGCCCUGUGUAGGCUGCAGGCCCCCACCCUGGAGAGUAUGCUGCUUCGUAUGGAGGAGAUACAGAGAGAUCAGGAGGAAGUGAGGAGACGGUUUGCUUCUAUCACCUACUCAGACCCUCUUCACUGGGACCGACCAGAAGCAGCAGGACCCCAGUGCCAUGCUCCGGGCUCCAGGCCAGCCUCUCCUCAGCCAAUUAGGCUCACAAGGCCAGUGCUGAGGCAGAGCUCUGCAGCUGAUAUUGUCCUAGAGAAACCUGUGGAGACUGGACACAGCAUCCUCUCUGAGAACAGCCUGACAGAGGAGGCAUCCCUGGAUGAACAGCAGCACAGACACAGCGCCGUGUUCCCAGGCCCAUUGGAGAGAAGCAGGGGGACUGCUAUCUCCGUGCCAGGCAGCAUGCUGAGAAACAUCCGUCGGUACCGGGAAGACUACGAGGCCUACCUGCAUGUUGUGGCUCAUGAGGCUGUCGGCAGCUUUAACCCCUGGGCCAUCGCAGACAGCCUGGCAGACCAGUUGCUGUCGGAGGCUCUGGCCGACGUGGCAGCAGAGUUUCAGGAUGUUGUGGAGGAGUACGCCGAGGCCGUCUUCACCUCCGAGUUCCUUCAGCCGGUCCAGUCACCGCCUGCUUCAGCUGCGGCUUUGGUCAGCUAAUAGGAUUCCAUCACGGAUGAAGCAGUUUCUUACAAAUUAUUAUAUGUAAUUAUUUUAGUGGAGCAUCUGCAUUGUCAGACUUUCAGCACAAAAGAUGUAAAUAUCAAAGAUCUAGGGUCUCUGGUUUCUCGGCGGAUGUUUUAUUUUGGAAAGAAACCCUUACACCUAUGUACGUAUUUUGUUAAUUUACAGAGAUUUUUAUUUAACUAGGUUUGUAGAUAUUUUUUGAAUGAAGCUGCAGUAGACGAGAUUGUUGACUUACACAGGGAGCGUCACAGUACUCUUUGUGGUCCAUCUGUAUCUGUGAUUGAAGUCCACUGGGAAAGUUUGGUUAGUUUAGAUAAGCUUGGAGAGACCAUUACGACAUUACAGAGGAUUAUAAGAUUACCGCCCUCCACUUGUACUUGGUUUAAAUCUCCCUAAGGAUUACUCACACUUUCUAUAUUUAUGUUGGAAUAUGGAAAUAAAUCAAUAGCAUACAGUCACCAACAAAAUGAUGAAGGAAACCAAGGGCAUUAUGUGUUUAAUCUAUUGUUACUUGAUUUCCUCUUUUGCUUAAAUGUAUAAAUGAAUGGUCUUAAUACAGCAAAAAAGCUUUAUUUCCCCUAACUGA